UUCAGCCUGCCGAACCGUCGUCCUCGUCGUUCCUGGCCUUCCCGUCUCUCCUCCGCCAAAAUCGAUUCGGCCGACGCCACGAAGCAGCGAUCGCAAAGCCAUCAUAGUAAGAGUCCAAUGUCCACAGGAGACCACCAGCAGGUUACGAUGGAUGAUCCAGGGCAGGGGCAACCACCAGUCAUGGAUGCAGUCCACAUACCCUAUCUUGCCAUGCCAUACCAAGCUAACCAAAUGAUGGGCAGUACUGUACCAAUCUCGUCCAGCCAGUUGACAACUGCUGCUUCUCAGGUGCAGCUAGCGCAGCACCAACUCUCUUAUCAACAGAUCCACCAGCAGCAGAUGCAGCAACUAGACCAGACACUUCAGAUGUUUUGGGCAAGUCAAUAUCAGGAGAUCAGGGCAACCACAGAUUUCAAGAACCAUAGCCUUCCAUUGGCCAGGAUUAAGAAGAUCAUGAAGGCAGAUGAGGAUGUGAGGAUGAUAGCAGCAGAGGCCCCUAUGCUGUUUGCAAGGGCAUGCGAGAUGUUCAUCCUGGAGCUGACUUACCGCUCAUGGGCUCAAACUGAGGAGAACAAGCGAAGAACACUGCAUAAAAAUGACAUUGCUGCGGCAAUUACAAGAACAGACAUCUUUGAUUUUUUGGUGGAUAUUGUGCCAAGAGAGGAUCUCAAGGAGGAAAUGAAUGCUAAUGACUCUCUUUCAUAUUAUUAUGUGUCCGCUCAGGUUAGGAGUCUGGGAAUGAUCAUGAAUAAGCCCGAGGUGGAUCAUGGCUUGCUGUAUGCCCAACUGCCUCAAUCUUACAUGCCUCAGCAGCACCAGCCUCAACAUCAGGAGCAGCAGCCUAGUGAGGAUUUGUGAUAGGGGAAGUGGAAGAGUUACAACAGAGAAUGUCUGAAGCAUUAAGUUACAGUAUUCAUCAACAAUGGCCUUCUUGAAACUUGCAUUUCGUAUAGGUAUUCUUUUACUAUUUCUUUGCCGAAUUUACAAAUUUAUGAUCACUUUGAUUUUUUUCUGGAAUGUUUUCUAAGCGUAA